CAAACCCACAUCCUCAUGGAUACUAGUCGGAUUGAUUUCUCCUGAGCCACAACGGUAACUCCCUCCUAUGCUCCUUUUUAAUCCUUCCUGCCUCUUCUAUCUCCAUGCAACCGUUGAUCUGCUUUGUCUCUAAUUUAGUUUGCAUUUUCUAGAAUUUUACAUAAAUGGAAUCAUACUGUAUAUUAAAAAACGUUAUUUCUGAAUGUUUCAAACAUAAAAGUAUAAUAUAAUGAAUUAAAGUAUGUCCAUUACCUAGAUUUAACAAUUACAACAUUUUUCCAUAUUUGCAUUUUACUUUUUAAAAAUUAAUAGACUUCAUAGCAGUUUUAGGUUUACAGAAGAAUUGAGCAGAGUACAAAGUUCUUCCAUAUAUUCCUUCUCCCUCUGCACACAUUUCUCCCUAUUAACCUCUCUGCAUGAGUGUGGUACAUUUUUUCACAAUUAAUGAACCAUUAUCAAUAUACUGUUAUUGACUGAAGUCCAUAGUUUACGUUUCAUUCAUUGUGUUAUACAAUGAUAUGGAUUUUGACCAUGUACUCUUUUGGGAAGGGGGUCUGGCUUAGUAUUAUUUUAAGAUUCAUUUGUGUUUUUGUAUGUAUCACUCUACCCCCACCCCCAUUUCGUUUAUCCAGUUGGGCUGUUUCCAGUUUGGAGCUACUGUAGACAAAGCUGUGAGCGGUGAUGUGCAUGUCUCUGUGCAGAUAUUUGUUCUCAUUUCUCUUAGGCUGUUCCAUGUAGUGAAGUCCAUGGUCUGUAAGAAGCACCACUUGGAAAACCUCUGGAAAGGAUUCUGGCCCCGCCCAGGAUGGCUGGGAAUGUAAACAAGAAUAAGCCGUUUCCGGAUGGCUUUUAGCAUAUACUGCUGACACGUUAUUUGUGAUGGCAUCUGAGACCGAGAAGACCCAUGCUUUACUCCAGUCUUGUAGCACUGAAUCUCUUAUUUCUAGCCUUGGUCUGGGCAUAUUCUGCCUAGUAGCUGACAGACUUCUUCAGUUUUCCAUAAUUCAGCAAAAUGACUGGCUUCGUGCCCUCUCAGAUAAUUCAGUACAUUGUGUGAUUGGCAUGUGGUCAUGGACCAUAGUCAUUGGAAUCAAGAAGAAGACUGACUUUGGAGAAAUCAUUUUAGCUGGAUUUUUAGCCUCUAUUAUUGAUAUAGACCACUUUUUCCUAGCUGGAUCCCUAUCUUUAAAGGCUGCUCUGACUCUUCCACGAAGACCCUUCCUUCACUGUUCUACUGUGAUACCCAUUGUGGUUCUGACUGUGAAGUUUACUAUGCACCUUUUCAAGCUCAAAGACUCCUGGUGCUUUCUUCCCUGGAUGUUAUUUAUAUCCUGGACCUCACACCAUGUCCGAGAUGGAAUUCGCCACGGCUUGUGGAUAUGCCCUUUUGGAAAAACUUCUCCUUUGCCAUUCUGGCUUUAUGUAAUAAUUACAUCAUCUUUACCUCAUAUCUGUUCAUUCGUUAUGUAUUUCACAGGGACCAGACAAGUGAUGUCUUCAAAACACGGAAUUCAUAUUGAUGUCUGAGAUAACCAUGUGACAGUCUUAGAGAAGCAGUGGUUGAAACAAUGGUAAUUAAGGCUAGCCAACAUUAAAGUGAACUUUAAAAAACUUACUGGUUCUUAUUUAAUUAUUGUAGUUCCUGAAACCUCUUGUUCAGGAGGCAUGAACAAUUUUUUUUUUAAUUAUUUGUUUGUUGUAUUCCUCUCUUCUAAACAGUCUAGUGAAAUAGAGUUUUAAUUACUCCAUGAUAAAUGUUUGUUUCUUCUGUUUACCUGGCUUUACUAAUGUUAUUAGAUUAGCAUCUGGUUAUUGGCAAAUAUACCUUUAAGGUAGGUUAUUUCCUGAUGAAAAACAGCUCAAAUUUUAGGAUGACUAAUUUGUGGAAACUUAGCAUUGUAUUGGAAUCCACAUUUUCCUCAGAUACUGAAACAAUGAAACAGGCAAAGUGGGAUUAUGAAAAAGAUGUAUAGUGAAUGCUAAGAUUUCUUUACUCCAUAUUUUGAUCCUGACUGAAGUUUAAUUUGCCAAGUGCUUUAGUGAGUUGUGCUUACUGGCAGAAUCUGCUUCAGUGAACUUGUGUCAUAUAACAUUCUUAAGAGACAGUACUAUAGACCUAGGUUAUUGUUUCAGAAAUAACUUCAGGGAAUUAUUAUCAUAAUAGUUAUAGUAACAUCUUGCUAAAGUAUUAUUUUUUUCCACUGUCUUUGCCCCCACAUCUCAUGUGUUGGGAAUUUUAACUGUUUUGAAAACACAAUUAAAUAUAACAAAAUAUUUGCUUAAAAUUAACCAAAUAUUUUAAAUUAACAUUAAAAAAAAUUGUACUUGGCUUAUAACCAUAGAAUUUAUCCCAAAAAAGGACUUAACCAAUAAUGUCAUUUCAAAUGUAGACUCCUGAAUGUGACAUUAAAGUUAUUUUAAUUGCUGUCAAUUUGUUUAUAUAUGAUUCUAAAAUAUACCAGUUAAAUAAUUUUUUUAAAAUUUGCCUGAUAUUGAAAGACAACACACUUUUCCAAAAUAAGGUAGUUUUAGGAUAUUGGCUUUUUCUUCUGUUCUUUCAGGUUGAUCUUCUGUUAAAAAUGAUUAACCUUUAUGAGAAGGAAAAUUGAGUUGCUCUAACUUUUACACUUCCAUAGUUUAACAUUAUGUUGAGGUAACAGUCAGUGGCCCAAAGGCACCUGCUUUUUUUGUAGCAUUUGUACCAGCUGCUGUCUUCAGAUUUUCUCACACAUUUGUGUUUUAUAAUGCUCGUGAUUGUGUGCCUUGUUCUCUGAAAGGGAGGAAGCAAUGCCUUAUCCAAAGCAGAUUUUUCUUAUUAAGUUAAUAGAGUUCUAUAAAUUGUCAUAAAGGAUCAAGCUCUUAUAGUUUUUGUUGUUAACCAGUUGGUUGUAGUCUAUUAUAUUGUACAAUUUGUUACUCUUACAAUCUGUUUUUGUCUUUCAAGAGCUAUUACUGUAUCAGUUUGGUUGGUUUAAUAGUAAAUAUUACAUAGUGGGGAUAAAUUUGAUUAAGGUAGGUCUUUUUUAAAAGCAUAUGAUUUUAGAAAUCCCUGGAAAUAAAGCAUAUGUCUUGUGUAAUGUUUUCUAAGUUACAAAAC